AUGGAUCAAGUUAGCCCGCCAAAAAUGGACGGGCAGCCUCCUUCCGAUGAGCAAAAGGAAGCUGAAAGGUUUGGAGAUAACGCUUCUCUAAAAGCUCAACUGGAACAAAUGUUUGCACCCUUCGAUAAGUCUGGACUUGGAAGAAUUGCUUCUAAAGACCUGUUCAAGAUAAUCGAAGCUUUCGAAUCCGAACAAAAGACUAAUUUGUUGAAAGAUGAAGACCGUACUACUCUUCAAAUGUUCUGCGAACAGAAUCCUGAUAUGGAGGUUUCCGUUGAUGAUGUUCUUCAACUUGUUACUAAACUCAAAACACCUCCAACGAAUGUUACAGCGUCCUUGUCUUCUAGUUCUAAUGUUGUUUCAGAGCAGCCGACCAAAAGUAAGAUCAAAUAUGGUUCUAUACGAUCUGCUUGGAAUCGUCCUUCACCACGUACUUAUAAAAGUAGAGAAGCCUUAACAAUUUCUACUGAAAUAGAUGGGGAAGAAUAUGGCUCUUCGAGUACUAGUGCAACAAACCGUUCCAGAAGAAUGUCGUCUGGAUAUUAUGAUUCUCCCAGCGGCGUGCUGGGCUCUAAUUUCUCAAAACUACAUUAUGAUACAUCCGAUGAUCAUGAAAUGUCAUUCGAGGGAAGUGGCGGAUUUGAUGAUACAGUUUCCCAACUAUUACCUACUAACGAUGAUCCUGCUGUCCAACUCAGCAGAUUAUACCGUCACACUGUUGACCUUACAAAACGACUCAAAGAAUCUGAACGUCAUUUGGCUUCUGUUGCUCGUCAACACGAAGACCGUAUUGAAGAACUUCAGCAUAAGCUGGAAGAGACAAAAGCGGAUCUUGUGGCUAAAAAGCGCGAAAUUCAAGACCAUAAAAAUAAAGAAAAAACAAACCUACAUCAAAUUGCGCAAUUGGAAGGUGAAAUUCAGAUAAUAGCAAAAAAUUUAUCUGGCCAAAUGCAACUCUAUCAUCAAUUAAAAAAACAAUACGAAGAACAACGCGAGGAGGCGGAGAAAUUCAGGGAUCUUGUCAAGAUCAAAGAGGAAGAACUAUUUAAUACGCAACGAAAUCUCAAUGCUAUGUCUUCUGAAGAAAAAAAGUGGUUCGAUGAGCGCGAACGUUUGGAACAUGCAUUAUGUAAAUUAGAACAAGAUUUAACUUCCGCUCAAGCUUCAGAGAUUGAACUCGAAGAACAAAAAAAUGAAAACAUGCAUCUCAAAGAGACAAUUGACAAACUGAAGCUUGACUUGGAUGAAAUACGGAACGUUGGUUCCGGAAAGAAUUUACGUGCUGAGUUGCAUGAUACUGCUCUUGCUUCAAUAUCCGAGGAGCAACAAGGUUCCGAUUCAAACACGGAUGAACUUAGACGAUCAAACAAGGAAUCUCGACCACGUAAAACAAAUGACGAUGAAUCUUUAUACUCGCGACCUGGUGAAGUGGAGAAAUCUAGAGGUGCUGAGGAUCACGUUCGAAGAUCAAACGGUCAAAGACCAGUUCGCCGACAAGCAACAGAUGCAAACAAUUCUCCACGUAACUCUACAGGCAGUAGAGAUGUAGAAUCACAAUAUCAGAUAUUAUCAUCUGAGCUAGGGGUGCAAUAUGCAUUGAUUGAAGGAAUUUUAAGGAAUCGAGAUUUACCUUCUCCACACGAUAGGCGAGAUCGACAGAUACGUAACAGUAUGGAUGGUGAUAGUGCUGAUUUAACAAGGAGAUUAUCACGUCAAACGUCUUCUCGCAAAAAUAGACGGAAAGUAAACCAUGUGUCAGAAAAUGAGCCACCUUCAGAAAGGGCUGAAAAUGCACAAUCAUCCAGGGCUCUUGUCCCACGAAAUAAUGAUAUGAAUGUUGCUCAACGCAAUGCCAUGGUCAACAAUACUGUAACCCUUGCAUUAUAUACUCUGGUUAUCUACUUCUUUGGUAUCAUUACGUCUGUAUUUGUUCUUGAUAAUAAUCAAGGACCAUACUCGUAUAGUGACUGGUUACCUUAUGAGGUCGUUAAGGAUGAUAGUUGGACUGCACGUUCAAUGGAAAUCAUCUUAUACUGGGUUGAGAACCUAUUAAACGAUGGAAAUAUGCGAGUUCCUAC